AUGUCGCGGAUAUUGAACAAAGAUUAUCGUUCUGAGGAUUUUGAGCAGCUUAGCCAGAUGAUACGGAAUCAUCCAUUGAUGAAAACGCAUCGGCCGGACAUGGAGCAGCAUUUGCAGAUGCAAAAGCUUCGCACUCCGGAAUAUCGUACCAAAUGUGUGAUGAGAGCCUCCUUGGAUGACAUAGCUCUGGGUAUCAAUCUGUGCAAGUUGCAACUGGGUCAGGAAGAGAAGCAGGUGGGACGUGGAGCGGCGGCUGCUCCUGGAGUGGCAGUGACCGUAAUGGAGCCACAACCAAAGCGCAGGCCAACUAAAUCCGCCAAGGAGGCAGCCAACAUGCCCUUUAUUAAGGUUCUCUUGCGCAUCGAUAGGCCCAAGGUGUUGUUCGAGCGACGCAGCAUGACGGCUCUGGCGGACAGUGAGGAGGGUCGUCUCGUACUAGAGGACAAUAUGCGUUACGAGGAACUUCUCGCCGGCAUCGACAAGACGCGACGCACUGUCGAUGCGGACACCCAGACUCUGACAGCCCUGAAGAAGUCGCGACUGGUCAAUACCGAACGUUUGACCACCCAACAAGUGGGCUCAUAUGUCUCGAACUUUGAGAUGUUCGACACGUAUCAGGAUCUGGAGACAUCGACCACCAGUGUCCAGGUGCAGGGUCAGCAGAAAAUGGAAGUUACCACCUAUCGAGUGGGUGGUGUGGAUCAGUUUGUGGCCAUCAAUAGUUUGCCCAAUUUCAAGCUAGCCCUCAUGCUGACCAUGCGCAUCCUGGCCAGCAAUGUGUAUGAGCCACAGCAGCGACGCUAUCGCAAUAUGGCCAUGCCCGAUCCCCUGGCCGAGGAUGUCAAGUUCAGGUAUCGGCUGUGUCUACUGUGGCGCCUGAAUCCGCCCUUAUCGGCCCAUCAUCGGGCAGUGACCGAUGUUAGCUUCUGCCCCAGCAACGGCGACAUCCUGGCCGUAGCCUAUGGCGUCUAUAGCCAUGCCAAGUUGAGGCGUCUGCCGCGUUGCGGCCAUGUCUAUGUGUGGAACAUUAAGAAUCCCGUCAAUCCCGAACGCUGCUAUGACUACCAAGUCCCCGUGGUCACUGUACAGUUCUCGCCGGCCUGUCCCCAGCUCUUGGCCAUUGGUCUGCACAAUGGAAGCAUCGAAGUGCGUGACAUCUCCCGCCCAGAAUUGCCUCCCUUGGCCAGGUCGGAGAGAGCGACCUCGCCGCACUUUGAACCCGUUAUGGCCAUCAAAUGGUUUGCGGGAAAUCCCGAAGAGAUAACCCCAUUUCUUACCAUCUCGAGAACAGGAGCGGUAACCAAAUACCGGCUCAUCAACAGCCCCCAUCUGGUGGGAUUCGAGCAGCAGCGUCUGCAGCGGGCCGAGGGUGAACUGGAGGGCAUACCCAUUGACAGGGCACAGGCGACGGCCUCGCUGCUGGCCAAUCGCCAUCCGCAGUGCCUGGAAUUGGUCUUGGAUCCGGUUCAUGCCGAUAUCUACUAUGUCCUAACCGACGAGGGAACACUCUACAAAUGCUCGACGAAUUAUCCGCUACAGCAUUUGGAACUGCGUCAAGUGCAUGAGGGACCCGCUGUCUGCAUGGAGUUCUCGCCAUGGUCACCCAAAUUGUAUCUAACCUGCGGCAGUGAUUGGUGCAUACGGAUCUGGCUGGCGGGAAUCCUAGUGCCGAUCAUAACACUUCGGCAUCAUCUGUCGCCGGUUCAUUGUGCCCGCUGGAGUCGCACUCAUUCGACGAUUCUCGUGUCACUCAAUCGCAACACUCUGGACAUUUGGGAUUUGAGGAAUAGCACACUCAAGCCCGUCUCCUCGACGGCCAUUGAGGCAAAAAUUCCUUAUACAAUCUUUCGCUUCACCCACUGUGGCCGUUCGCUGGCCGUGGGCAAUGAAGACGGCAAUCUGUUGAUGCUCUCCUUUGAGGAUAUGCCAUUUCCACCACAUUUCCAAUACAAACAACUCAAGCGAGCCAUUUUCAAGGCUCUGGCCAUGGAACCAGAACUGCGGCAACAGGUCAAAAGUGUUGGUUACUUUGGCUAUUCCAGGGAUCGCACUAAGAAAACGAAACGUUAAAUGAAACGAAAUAGAAACAAGUUUAAAUGUCUUCUUAUCACUUUGACUUACUUCAC